GCCCAAUGUGCCAGUCCCUCCCUUUGCAGGACAGCGGUUCGCAAACGGCUACUUGGGAUUAUUACUUGGGAACUUGGCCCCAAACUCCCCGGUGAUCUGAAGGUACCCGCGAGUCUCAUUUCGUUGGGAUCUCCAGAAAGAGAAAGCCGCUUUUGAGGACGAUAUUGACCGCGGUGUUCGCACCUCCUGAUCCCUCUGCGCCGCGAUAUUGGUUGGAAAAGGACUACAUUGGAGCAGCCUCCGGGCAGGUAGUCAACCCCACUGGAGAUCGCGUUGAUUUGGAUGCGGUUAACAUUCCGACAUGUCAGGAAAAGUGGUCAUCCUCCUAUUCCUGUGGAUGUGGAUCACUUAUACAACAGGCACAGGGAGCUUCUCUUCUCAGCCUUACCUCUCCAUCCAAAAUAACGUUCAUGUUAUCAAUGCUAAUGACACAUUUAUAAUCACAUGCAGGGGACACAGGCCUUUGCAAUGGUCAUGGCCAAAAAAUCACAGUCGAAUGGAGCACAGGAUAUCAAUGAUUGACUGCAGCAAUGGGACAUUGUUUUGUAAAAAAUUUAUGGUGACAAAAACCAUCGCAAAUGACACUGGAAUGUAUCAGUGUUCCUACAAGAACUCCUCAGACCAAACAGCUGCAAGUAUCUAUGUCUUUGUCCAAGACUAUCAAGCACCCUUUGUGAAUCCUGAUAAACCAGAAGUCUUAUACAUUUCACAUAGGAAUGAUCUGGUAUUAGAAAACAAGACCAUUCCAUGCCAGGUUUCCAUACCGAAUCUUAAUGUGACGUUACUUAUAAAUUACCCUGAUAAACACAUUGUUCCUGAUGGAGUGACAACAUUUUGGGACAAUCAGAAGGGUUUCACCAUUCCGAGGCAGAUGAUCAUCAAUGCAGGAUUGGCGCGGUGUGAAACAACAAUAGAUGGAAACAAGUAUCAGUCUAAUAUGUAUGUGUUGGCAGUUAUAGGAACUGAGAUUCGUGAGCUGACACUAAACCCUCAGCCCUCAGUGGAGCUGGCUGUAGGGGAACGCUUGAUACUUAACUGCACUGCCAGAACUGAACUCAAUGUCAGAUUGGAGUUUAAAUGGAAAUAUCCUGGAAUGGAGCAGGACACUGAUGUAGAAAUUAAACCAAAUAAACGAAAACUAGAAAACGAGCUGGAACUCUCAAACGUCUUUAUUAAAGAAAAUGUGACAAGAGGUCACAGUGGCAAAUAUUACUGUAAAGCUUCAAGUGGGAUGAUGGUAAAGGAGAACAGCACUAAUGUGAUCAUCCAUGAGAAACCUUUCAUCUUUAUAGAUCACACAGUUGGAACUAUCAUUGAGACGGUGGUGGGAGUACGGAAUGUCACAAUCCCACUGAAGGUUUUGGCCUAUCCCCAACCAAAGAUUAAAUGGACCAAGAAUGGAAGGCCACUUAGCAAGUAUCAAACACAUGACAGAUUAAAGGAAAAAGACCUCAAGUACACACUGAUGAUCAGAGAUGUGACUAAAGAAGAUGCUGGGAAUUACACCAUUCAACUUAAGAAUCCAAUAACAAAAGAAGAGCAGAGUCAUACGAUUCAACUUAUAGUAAAUGUUCCCCCCCAAAUUCUCGAAAAAGGAAUGCCUUCACACACUGACUACAACUAUGGAAGCAGACAAACUCUGAUCUGUACUGUGGAUGGCAUUCCUGCACCCACAGAGAUUCUCUGGGAAUGGCAUCCAGUGGAGAACUGUUCUUUCGAUUACCCCAGUCACAAGGAGUCUGAAACACCUGGUGCAUCCUCUGACCGCAGACACUGGAGGAAUAUUGCAAACAAUGAUGGAGGCAACAGGAUUGAAAGUAACCGAACUGUUUUCGAUGCAGGGAUCAAAAAGAUGGUCAGUUCGCUCAUAAUCCAGGCAGCGAAUGUCUGUGCAAUGUACAGAUGCCGGGCUAUUAACAAAGUGGGACAAGAUGAGAGAGAGAUCAUCUUUCAUGUAACCAAGGGACUUGAAAUUAAUCUACAGCCCACUGACAAUCCAAUUGAAAAGGACAAUGUAUCUCUUCAGUGUAGAGCCGACAGGUAUAUGUACGAAAACCUGAAGUGGUACAAGCUCCCCUCUUCAGUCCUCCAAAGCCAUCAUAGCAACACUUGCAAAAACUUGCAUCACCAUGCCCAAAAAAUGACUACGGAAAUGGUUUCCAAUCUCAAGACAGAAAACAUCACCAUCAAACUGAGCUUUGAAUCCGUGUCUCUUGAAGAUCAAGGGAUCUACCUUUGUGAAGCCCAGAAUAAAAACACUGGUGACAAGUUCUGUAUGAUAAAGAUCCUUUCUGUAAAAGCUCAACAGGCUCCACUAGUGCUUCAGAACCUGACAGACCAAAUAGUGAACAUGAGCUCCUCCAUAGAAAUGAUGUGUGAUGUGGUUGGUUCACCAAGUCCACGCAUCAUAUGGUAUAAAAAUGGCAAGCAACUUCUGGAGGUCUCAGGUAUUAUUCUUGGGGAGUUCAACAGGACCUUGACUAUCCAGCGGCUGAAGAAGGAAGAUGAAGGGCUGUAUAAAUGCAAGGCUUGCAACAAGGUGGGAUGUGUUGAGACAUACGCUGCUGUUGCUGUAGAAGGAGCUGAAGACAAAGCAAAUCCAGAGCUCAUUAUCCUGAUUGGCACCGGAGUGAUCGCCAUGUUCUUUUGGUUGCUUCUAAUAAUCAUCAUUCGAAACAUAAAACGGCCCAGUGAUGCAGAACUGAAGGCAGGCUACCUGUCAAUCAUCAUCGACCCAGAUGAAGUACCGAUGAACGAAAAGUGCGAACGUCUGUCAUACGAUGCUAGUAAAUGGGAGUUUCCCAGGGACAGACUCAAGUUAGGCAAGCCGUUGGGUCGCGGAGCAUUUGGCAAAGUUGUGGAAGCAGCUGCUUUCGGUAUUGACAAAGUCUCCACAUGCAAGACUGUUGCUGUCAAAAUGUUGAAAGAUGGAGCAACAUCCAGUGAGCAAAGAGCAUUGAUGUCAGAACUGAAGAUCCUUAUUCACAUAGGCCACCAUCUAAAUGUGGUGAACUUGCUGGGAGCCUGUACCAAAGCGGGAGGACCACUAAUGGUGAUUGUCGAAUACUGUAAGCACGGAAACCUGUCAAACUACCUCAGAAGCAAACGAAUGGAGUUUGUUCCCUACAAGAGUAAAACACUUGGAUUAAGGCAGACAAAGGAGAAGGAUAGUGAGAUUAAGCAUCGCUUGGACAGCAUUGCGAGUAGUGGCAGCUCCACCAGUUCUGGAUUUGCUGAAGAGAAAUCAUUGAGUGACGUUGAGGAAGAGGACGCUCUAGAAGACCCAUACAAGCGCUUUCUGUCUAUGGAGGAUUUAAUCUGCUACAGUUUCCAGGUCGCCAGGGGUAUGGAGUUCCUUGCAUCACGAAAGUGCAUCCACAGGGACUUGGCAGCACGCAAUAUACUCUUGUCAAAAAAUAAUGUGGUGAAGAUAUGUGACUUUGGCUUGGCUCGGGAUAUUUACAGGGACCCAGAUUACGUUCGGAAGGGAGACGCACGAUUACCUCUUAAAUGGAUGGCACCAGAAACCAUCUUUGAUAAAAUUUAUACAACACAGAGCGAUGUCUGGUCAUUUGGGGUUCUGCUCUGGGAAAUAUUCUCACUGGGUGCAUCUCCCUACCCCGGUGUACAGAUUGAUGAAGAAUUCUGCCGCAGACUAAAAGAUGGCACUCGAAUGCGGUGUCCUGGAUACGCUACCCCAGAAAUCUACCAGACGAUGUUAGACUGUUGGCAUGGCAACUACAAAGAGCGACCUGUAUUUUCUGAACUGGUUGAACAUCUUGGAAAUUUGCUACAAGCAAAUGCUCAGCAGGAUGGCAAAGACUAUAUUCCGCUUAACAUGUCACUAACUCUGGAAGAUGAUUCCGGGCUUUCUCUGCCAACGUCACCUGUUUCCUGUGUUGAGGAAGAGGAAGGGUGUGAACUGAAAUUCUAUUAUGACAACGCAGCAGGAAUACGAUAUCUUAAUGGGAGUAAAAAGCGAAGCCGGCCUGAAAGCGUGAAAACUUUUGAUGAGGUGCCUGUACAGCAAACAACUGUCAUUGUGCAAGAGGAUAAUCAGACAGACAGUGGCAUGAUUCUGGCAUCAGAAGAACUUCAAACAUUAAAAGUUAGACAGAGCCAGGCUGUGGCCUUUAGUGCGUUAAUUCCCAGCAAAAGUAAAGAAUCUGUGACGUCUGAAGUCUCCAACCAGACAAGUGGCUAUCAGUCAGGAUACCAUUCGGAUGACACUGACACAACCGUUUACACCAAUGAAGAAGCACAAGUGCGACAAGAAGCAGAAACGGCAAAGGAGUCUUACUGUACUUUAACAGUGGAUUACAGCCCUGUGGUUCGAUACAGUGCCCCACCUGUUUAAGAAUUCCAUGCCAAAGUCAAAGGAUAUCGUCUUCUAGUAAAUUCACCUAAGCCUUAACUUUGUAACAUUCCUGCAUAUGUUAUCUAAAAUAUUGUCAAUUUAUGAACUUUGGAUGUUACAACUGAUAGUACUACUAUUAAUAUCAACACUAGGUGUAUUUAUGCAACAUAUAGGGGCAGUGGAAUAACUUCCAGCCAAUAUAAUUUAUCUCUAGUGUUCAGCUUUGCAGUUUACUGAUGAACAAGUCAUCUGGUGAAGUACUUGGAUGAACUCCAGCCUGCUCUACUCCUGUAAAUUCAGAAACCAGAAACCUUGGUUAACGAAUACACAGACUCGUUUAUGUGGCAUGCAAUGAAGAAGCAAGGGUAUCUCUGCAAACGUGACAAACAUUGACUUUAUGUUGGUGCCCAGCAUCUUUCUAUUGUUAUUUCAUAACGCAAUAUUAAAGCAGAUUGCUGCUAAACUGUUAAGAGGUUCUGGGCCGAAGAUAUGCUUCUAUUGAACAAAGCACUCCAAGUUAGCUGCCUGUUAGUCAGGGCUAGGUUUCUAAUAGAUUAUGAAACUGGAUUCUGAAUGUAUAAAUUCCAUAUUUUAUACCUGUUAGACUGACAGCUCUCCAGCUAAACAAUUCAUUGAAUGCGGAGAGAGCGAGCGACAGAGUGAGUGAGGAAAUGUAGCUUGGAACCUAUUUAUAGCAUCUGAAUGUGGAAUGCCUGCAGAUACACAAAUACAUGUAAUAUAUUCAACACAGAUAGUGAGGUUUUCAUUAAAUGAACAUGCUGUGUACAAUACACACUCUUCUCAAUCAUAUUUCAAAUGGAAACGGUAGUAAUAGAAAUUGUUAGAUUGAUAGGAAAACUACUAAGGAUUUGUCUGGUUGUGCCUAGACUUAUUAUAUUGAGUGACAAUCAAAUCUCAGCAUCUAAAUGGAAGUAUUGGUUUAUGUAGUAUAAUAUAUUCAUCACAAUACACCUCUUUACUAUUUUGAAUGUGAACAGUUGGAGCCUUCACUAUGAUUUGCACAGUCUCCAUGAAACAGGGCCCAAAGUGCUCAAAUGUAUUUCAUAAAUUAAAGAUUCUUUAUUAUAAAGUUACUUUAUAGAGAGUUAUCU